AAGAAGAAGCGCCGCGAACGACGCCGAGAGCGUCAGUAGGCGAACGAAAGCCAACGGCACCGGCAGUUCCGUUCCGUUGCUGCUGUCCACUGCACCUUAUCGCGCUUUCGGAGCGCUUUAUCGCACAAAAUGCGUAUCUCGGCGCUCGUCUUGCUUCUGUGUCUGGCUGUUGCUGUACGCGCUCACCGAUAUCAUGAAAAAACACGAUUUGAUCGUUCGAUAGAUUACGAGAAUGAGAAAAACGCAAGGAUCCACGUGCUGAACAAGAAGCCACGAAUUUUCACAGAUUUGGAAACGCAUUACACAGCUUACAAAGACGCUUCCCAGAAUGCCUGUUAUCUCGAGAGUACACGAGACAACAGACUCGACGAGCUAAACUUCUGGACGGAUGUGAUUCGGAGCAACAAAAAAACACUUUACGCCUCGAAUCACUCGCUCACUAAGAUUGAGGCAUGGCGUCUAGCAGGAGGAAGAAUCGUAGAAUUCUGCAAAGGCAUGAGAAUAAUACAACUGACCGAAACCAAGCCCGAUCCAUCCAUAAUCGAGGAUCCAUUUUUCAACAAGUUGCCCGAGGAUGAAAACGACAUCGUUCAGAAGCGCAUUGCCGAUGUCGUAUUGCAUCCAUUGAAAGCGCGCGCCAAGAGGCAAGCAAUUUUGGAAGAACGCGAAAAAUUGAAUAGAGAGCUGGCGAUGACGGAGCGCAGGAAGCGCGAGACGAGAGGCCGAUUUCGCGGACAAACGCAAUCGCAAUACAUGAACGUUGGUGCCGAUGGUCAAAAAGAGGGUCGAGCUGAGGCUGAGGCUACGCAGCACGCGUCGCGCGCCGUCGUCAGUGGUAGCAGCGGAAUGGGCCAAGCACAAAGUAUGUCAACCGGAUCCGACGGUUGCGACGGUUGUCCUGUAUUGAACAUCCCGUCUAGCGUAUUUCAAGGAACACAACCUGGGCAAGUUUAUCCAGGUGGACGGGGAGUUAUUCCCGGGUCAGUUCCUGAUACUUCUGUGUUGGGAAGAUUUUAUCCUCCAGGAGCAGCCAUUAUGAUACCGGGCGGACAAAUGCCAGGUGUAACUAAUCCUCCGAUCGUAGAAGGAGGAAAUGUUCCUGGAACUCAGACUGGUUCACAAGUGAUUGGAUCUCUGCCAACGCAGAGGCCAGGAGGCCCAACAGUCGUACAGAUGUCUGGUGGACAACCUGGCGUUCAAAUACCCAGUGGACAACCUGGCAUUCAAAUACUUGAUGGACAGCCUGGCUUACACAUACUAGGUGGACAACCAGGAACGCAAAUACCUGGUGGGACAUAUCCAAAUGUAGUUAUUCCUGGUGGUCCAACUGGAGGAGGUGGUGGAACACAAAUAAAACCGUAUCCACCGGGUACUAAAAUUCCCAGCAUACAAAUGCCAAUCGCUAGUGGAACAUAUUUUCCUGGAUAUACAUAUCCUAGUGGAACAUAUCCUGGCGCUCAAAUUCCUUCUGUAUAUUAUUCUCCAGGUACGCAAGUAAUUAGCCAUCCGAGUAUGGUAUAUCCUACAGAUAACACGCAAAAAUCAACAGGUUAUCCAUACCAACCAUAUAGACCAAUAACACAAGUACCUGGAAGUGAUGCACAGGUGAUUGGUGAUGGUUCAACGGGCCUGCAAAUACCUAACAUGCCAGGUUAUCCAUCUGGUGCACAAACAAAUGGCCCUGAUACGCAAAUUUAUCAGCCUGUAAUACAGGUACCUGGAGGUAGUUCACAAAUCGUUGGAGGUACUGUGACAGGCACUUAUGUGCCGGGUACACAAGUUGGAGGUGGUAGUCAACAAGUAACAGGCGUCCAUCCUCCUGGUACACAAGUAGGAAGCGGUGACCAACAAGUAACUGGGGCUUAUGUUCCUGGUGUGCAAGUUGUUGGAAAUGUCGCUACAGGCAUCCAAGUACCAAGCGGAUUGAAUUAUUCGCCAGGUUCACAAAUUUAUCAGCCUAGAAAACAAACUAUUGGUAAUAUACUAGGUGGAGUAUAUCAACCUGGUAUUAAUGUAGGAGGAGGUACUGUCACAGGAACCCAAGUAUAUCAACCUGGUCAGCAAAUGACUGGAGGUAUUUAUCCGAGUGGACACUUUGUCUAUCCGCCGGGUACUCAAGCAAAUCCUAAAGAAGCCAUACCUGGAAUUCAGUUCAUUCCUGGUAUGCAAAUACCAGGUGGCGUAGUAUUUCCAGGAGAAAAUCAAGUACCUGGAACGUAUCUAUCUGGUGGUACUAAUGGCAGCGGUACAGCAGAUGAUGGAAGAACUACUACAACAAAACCUCCUACUCGAGGUGAUAUACCAGGUACAACAAUUUAUCCUGGAGGAUCAACGGAUACAUCAGGAGUAAGCGUACCACCUUUAGUAGUACCAGGUGGCUUAUAUCCGCCAGGCAAUGCUGGUCAGACACUUUAUCCUGGAGUAAUACCGGGACAAUAUCCGGGUAUAACUGGUGGACAACAACAUUCUGGAACAGCAUUACUUCCUGGUCAAGUUCCUGGUAAAGUCAUGAUUCCAGGAGGACCUGGAGUUAUCGUUGGUACUCCAGGACAGACAAAUGUAGUGCCUGGUCAAGGAGGACCUGGAGUUAUCGUUGGUACUUCAGGACAGACUGGUAUAGUACCUGGUCAAGGUGUGAUUCUGGGAGGACCUGGAGUUAUCGUUGGUACUCCAGGACAGCCUGGUAUAAUGCCUGGUCAAGGUAUGGUUCCAGGAGGAUCUGGAGUUAUCGUUGGUACUCCAGGACAGAAUGGUAUAAUGCCUGGUCAAGGUAUGGUUCCAGGAGGACCUGGAGUUGUCAUUGGUACUCCAGGACAGACUGGCAUAGUACCUGGUCAAGGUGUGAUUCUGGGAGGACCUGGAGUUAUCGUUGGUACUCCAGGACAGCCUGGUAUAAUGCCUGGUCAAGGUAUGGUUCCAGGAGGAUCUGGAGUUAUCGUUGGUACUCCAGGACAGAAUGGUAUAAUGCCUGGUCAAGGUAUGGUUCCAGGAGGACCUGGAGUUGUCAUUGGUACUUCAGGACAGACUGGCGUAAUGCCUGGUCAACCAGGAAUUGUCAUAGCUGGAGAUGACAAUGCCGAUUCUCAAGCGAUCAGUUCUGUAAAGCAAGGUGAAGGUGAUACAAUGGCAAGUGCCACGGCUGAAGGACGACAUGGACAAGGUAGCGCUAAGUCACACGUCAGCGGAACAUAUACCGGAUCUGGUGCAUUUUCCGCUGAAGCCGGCACAAGUGAUAACAACAAGAGCGCUCAGACGCAAGUAAGCGGUGGCAAAGAGGGUGCCAAGAGCAGUGCUCAAGGCAGCGGUGGUCUUGGUAAAAGUCAAGUUCAAGUCGAGUUGGACUCUGACUCAGGAGCAACAUCAACCAAUGCACAAAGCAGUGGUUGGAACCAUGGCACAAAUUCCCAGGUUCAAGCCAGUGGUAGUGGUGGUAUGGCCGAUGCGCAAGCAAACGGUGAAGGUCAAACCUCCAGCCAAGCUCAAAUUGGCUUUCAGCCAUACAUCAACCGCAAUGAAAAAUUUGAGAAAUUGAAGAAUCCUUUUCGAGGCGGUGGCUCCGCCAUGGCUCAAAGUGGCACUUACAGAGGCCAAUCACAGUCUCAAUUGCAGGGUUCCUUUCACUAUGGCAUUAGCUACACUGGUGCUGCUCAGGCUAAUUCAGGUUCUGGUUCUACGGCCUUGAGGAAGCCCUUUAACUUUACUAACGAUCCGAGUCUUUUCAAGCCAUUUAAAUUCGAUAAACCCGAAAGCACAAGCGCAACUGUGCCGAAAGAUCGAUUAGAAGGUGCAAGCUCGACAAGGCAAACAGUUAUAGCUAUCACUUCGAGACAUAAUCAGGCGGACAAGAAAAGUAAAGUGGAACCUACGAGCAAGUAUAUAAGCGAUGAUGAAGAGUACGAAGAAGAAUACGACGAUGAUGAUUACGGCGAUGCAGUCUCGUCUACGACUCCAAGACAUACGACUUAUCCAUCCAGUAUGCCUAUGAGCAGACAAACGAUGAGAGUUAUCACCGACGGGGAGUACGAAGUAAGUGUGAAGCAACAAGAAACUACCGAAUCGGCUGAACGUUCAUUACCUGGUUACAUCGCAGCCAGCAAUCAAGGUAAAGUUGUAUCAAUGGCUGGGAAGAAAACUAUCGCUCAAGGCGAUGGAAAGUCUCAAAGCCAAACCGUACACAUAGUCCCAGCAAAUCGAACAACCGCAACACCAAAAAUCGAGAUCAAGAAUCCUUCUACCGAUACGAGGUCAUUACAUUCGGAUCGCAUGGGAGGAAUUUAUUACGGUAAUGUGAAAACUUCAGCCGAUGAGCCGUCGUCGCCAAAAACGAGCUUCGUUUCAGUGACGAACAGCGUUGCUGGCAAAAUGAACGAACAGAAUCCCGCGAAGAAGUACGAGCACAGGUAUUACACCAAGAGUUCAACUUGCGGAUAUUUUACGUUCUCGUGUAACGUUGUUUAUGGAUCAAACGGACGCAGGAAGAUUUGCAAACCGAAGCUACCGACUUACUCAGAUGGCACGUCCAAGUGUUGAUAUUAUUUUUACAUUCUCUUGACCAUACGCAUUUUUAUUAUGUCUCGUAGAUUUUUUCAAGUUAGCUUUCCAAUGAUUCUAUUUUUAUCAGACGUAUUAGUACAAUAUCAUUAGAAAUAUAUUCAUUAGUGAUAUGUAAGUUUGUAAGUAGCAUUUUUUAAUUUUGGAAAGUUAUAAGAAAUGACUAUUGAAUUGAAUGAUCUUUCAAAGUUUUAAUAUGUCUAGUUU